GCGCUCCUCCACCAAGAGAGAGGGCUUCCUCCCCCAGAGCUGAGCGUACCUCUCUCUCCGAGCUCGCUCUACUCUCACCGUCCCCCCCCCUCUUUGCCUCUUCGCGCCUCUCUCUCUGUCUCAAGAGGAAUUGGAGCGCGGAGCGUUAAGGAGCGCGCGUCCACAUGUAGCCCGACCGCCGCCUGGAGCGCGGCGCGGUGCGCAUGGCGUGAGCUGCCUCGGCUUGGAAGGAGCUACGCGGCGCGGCGGCUGAGCCCUGUGGUCGGCGAAGUCGGAAGAGGCGCAGGUGCGGGUUCAGGUGCGGGCUCUGGUGCGGGCUCGGGGCCGCGAGGCGCCUCUGUCGGAGCGGAGCGAGUCCGAGGCGGGGGACCCCGCAUGCAGCCCCCCCCGCUGCUGCUGCCGCUGCCGCAGGCGGCGUGCGGGCCCUGCCUCGCACGGGAAUCGAACGGCGGCGGUGGCCGCGGAAGCUGCAGUCUCCCAGCACCCGGGGGGUGGGGGUGGGGGGAGGACGGGGUCCCGUUUCUUUUCUUCUACUUUCACAUUCAUGGGAGCAGCGGUCGUGUUUUGACUUGGGCCCUCGCCGCUUGAGAGAACGAGCGAGAGCAGCAGGCAGAGUGGGAGAGAGCGUGCCGGGAGGGAGAGCAGCGGGCGAGUGAAACGCAGAUCUUCCGGCGACCGCUCUCAAGCUCCCCGCUCGCCUCCGGGGCCUGCGUUCGGAUCCAAGAGGAGUGGACGCGUCCCGGAGCUCUCGUCCCGCGGCGUCCACGCGAUGGAGUGCGGCGGCGGUGGCGUCGCGGGGCUGCUGCUCGCUCUGUGCGCGCUCUGCGGGUGGUGCGUGGCCGGCGGCGCGGCCGCGUCGCGCUACGGCCUCAGCAUGUUCGCCGCGCAGCAGCAGGGUCUGCCCCCGGACCCGUGCAGCGACGAGGCCGGCAACCCUCGCCGCUGCAUCCCGGACUUCGUGAACGCCGCGUUCGGCAGGGAGGUGCGCGCCUCGAGUUCGUGCGGGAAGCCCCCGGCGCGGUUCUGCUCGGGUGGCCUCCUCGAGGAGCGCGGCGGUGGUGUGGCCGCCGUGCGCUCGUGCCACGUGUGCGACGCUUCGGACCCGAAGCGCGCUCACCCUCCCGCCUACCUCACCGACCUCAACAACCCGCACAACCUCACGUGCUGGCAGUCCGACAGCAACGUGCAGCCCCCGCUCAACGUCACACUCAGCCUUGCGCUCGGCAAGAAGUUCGAGGUGACCUACGUGAGCCUGCAGUUCUGCUCGGUGCGCCCCGAGUCCAUGGCCAUCUUCAAGUCGGCCGACCAUGGCAAAACGUGGGUGCCCUUCCAGUUCUACUCGACGCAGUGCCGCAAGAUGUACGCGCGGCCCAACAGGGCGACCGUCACCAAACAGAACGAGCAGGAGGCGCUCUGCACGGACGCGCAUCUCGAGGCGCGCUCGCAGGGAGCCGCGGCCGCAUCCUCUUCAUCGUCGUCGGCUGCAGGAGACGGGCUGGUGGCGUUCAGCACCCUGGACGGUCGCCCCUCGGCGCACGACUUCGACAGCAGCCCCGUGCUGCAGGACUGGGUCACGGCCACGGACAUCCGCGUGGUGUUCAGCCGCCUCCACGCGCCCGCGCCGCCGCCGCCGCACGACGACGGCGCCCAGCACCCGGGGGGGCCCGCGGAGUCCCCCCUCCAGGAGGGCCCGGGGGCUCCGCCGCACCUGUCGCAGGGGGCCCGCGACUCGCACUUCUACGCCGUGGCCGACCUGCAGGUGGGCGGCCGCUGCAAGUGCAACGGCCACGCGGCGCGCUGCGUGCGCGGCGAGCGUGACGGCGCCAUGGCGUGCGACUGCAAGCACAGCACGGCGGGACCCGACUGCGACCAGUGCAAGCCCUUCCACCACGACCGGCCCUGGCAGAGAGCCACCGCCCGCGACGCCAACGAGUGCGUGGCAUGCAACUGCAAUCUGCACGCACGCAAGUGCCGCUUCAACAUGGAGCUGUACAAGCUGUCGGGCCGCAAGAGCGGCGGCAUCUGCCUCAACUGCCGGCACAACACGGCCGGGCGGCACUGCCACUACUGCAAGGAGGGCUUCUACCGCGACCUCGGCAAGCACAUCAGCGACCGCAAGGCCUGCAAGCCGUGUGACUGCCACCCGGUUGGAGCAGCGGGCAAGACGUGCAACCAGACGACGGGGCAGUGCCCCUGCAAGGACGGCGUCACGGGGAACACGUGCAACCGCUGUGCCAAGGGCUUCCAGCAGAGCCGCUCGCACAUCGCGCCCUGCAUAAAGAUCCCCGUGGUUCCGCCCACGAGUCCCACGGUCAGCAUCGACUCCACAGAUUGCGAGGCCUACUGCAAAGUUCCAAAGAGCAAGCAGAAGCUGAACAUCAAGAAGUACUGCAAGAAAGACUACGCCAUCCAGGUACACGUGCUGAAGAAGGAGGCGGUAGGCGAGUGGACCAAGUUCAGCGUGAACGUGGUGGCCGUGUUCCGGCGCCGCAGCGGCGGUGGCGCCGGCGGCGAGGGCCGUGCGCGCCGCGGCGACCUCGCGCUCUGGGUGCCGAGCCGCGACGUCGCGUGCCGCUGCCCGCGCCUGCAGGUCGGCCGCAAGUACCUGGUGCUGGGCGGCGAGGCCCACCAGGGGGCAGGGGCAGCUGGGGCUUCCGAGUGGGGUGGCGGCGGCGGUGGCGGGGGCCCACCUCCGGCCGCGAUCGCCGCCACCGGAGGGCUCCUGGCCGACCGCUCGAGCAUGGUGGUGCAGUGGCGCGACACGUGGGCGCGCCGCGUGCGGAAGUUCCAGCAGAGGGAGAAGAAAGGCCGCUGCGGGAAGCUAUGAGGCCCCCCCCCCUACCGCGUCUCUCCACCAACGCCCCCCAACCCGUCGACUCUCGGCCGAGCCGCACCGCCCCAUCCCGUUCCGCCCGGUGCUCCUCUGCGGUCGCGAGAGAGAGAGCGAGCGUCGGUCGCGUGAUGGAUCGCUGCCGGUAGUCCGACCGUGGCGUGCGGGAGGCCCGCGUGGAUUGCGUGCGCGUCGCUUCUCUUUGUUUCGCCGAGCUGGACAAACGGAGCGAGGUCGAGGCUUUGACUCGGCCAGGGGACUUCCGCAGAAGCGCGAGAAACAACGCGACGGAGCGAAGCUGCAGCCGCGGGCCCGUCACUUUCACGGCGUUCCGACAGCGUCAGAUUCAUAAUCGGCGGAGCGUGUCCGCGCGUGUGUCCUUGUGCACGAGUUAGCAAACUAUAAUUCCCACCUUCGUACCCCGUAUAUAUGUAUGCGCCUGUAUAUACAUAUAUAGCAAGCAUACGAUUUUUUUUAUUGCAUACUUAAUGUGUUGUGAAGUAUAACAACAAUGACUGCGAUGUUAUGCGUCUCGAGUGAACAGCUUCACCUUGACGGGGAAGAGCUGAGCAACUUGCAUUACGGAUGUUGACACACGAUCACCGGUCACAACGCAUCGCUACACAUGUCCGUUUACACCAUGUUGGCAGAUUUACGAAAAUAUCACCACAGAAUAACGACUAAAGCAACUGAAUGCAGUUCAUAUUCAAAUUAUGGGUUCUGGGCAAUCCGAAAUAAGAGCUAGUUAUCGUUUAUGAUCCCAUUAUAACGAUCACAAUGUACCACCUGCGCUAUUCGCUUUCAGUAAAUGUCUAUGGAAUGGAAGGACUUUCACUGCGAAGUCGUAACAUUCACAACUGUCAUGAGCAAAUUACUCCAGGGCGGUCAUUUAUCAUCACUCUUGCAUGAUCGCUCCCAGGUUGUUUCCGUUCCUGUUAGAAUUUGCCUUCGCACUGAGGAUGUGAUUCGGAUCCGUGAGAGAUGAAGACAGAUUGGAGAGGCUUUCAGACCAGCAGUGGAUUGAGCGUGGCUGAUGGUGACGACGAUGAAUUGAUUUAAUUGGUGAAUCUCUUUCGAUUGAGGUGGCAAUGGACAGACACAUUGCCCUAUUUCACGUGCACCGAGUGUGCAUUCAGCCAACGCGUGCAUUUUAAAGAACGGUGUCUUUAAAAUACGUCAGUGUCAUUUGGAACGUGCUCACAUGUAUAAAGCUAUGCGCGCACACACACGCACAGAGACGCAACGCACUGUAAUUUAGAUGUCUACGUUUGUUUGCUCGUUUUGAAUUUAUUGUAAGGCAAAGUAGUGGCAAAUGCAUAAAGCUGGCCGUCCUGAGAAUUUACGAACUCACGCGCGUCGUCCUGUCGCUAUCUGAAGCUAGCAAGACAAAAAUCACCUAAUCAUAAAGUAUAUCAAUCAACGCAAAGUAACGCGAAAUAAAACAUUUACCGAAUUUAUCUCACAAAUUGCCUUUUGACGGUGGGCCAGAAUGGCUGCAUUGAAAGCUUACGGUGUGCGUGGCAUUUGCUGUUUUCCUUUUAACCGACAAACAAAGCUCCCCAACUAAGUCUGCAACCGAGGCGGCCAGGGAGGAGUAGGCGCACCGAGACACCACCGCGCACCCUGCAGGGUGGUGGUGGUGGUGGGCCAUGCGCGGGGUGGGCGUGGGGGCGCGGCUGCACUCCGUUCUCCCAUCGCGCCACCGCCACUGCCGCCACUCUCGUCGUCUUUUCCGUCUCCCCUCGAGUGCUGGAGCAGCCGCGCCGCUCACAGCGCUCGCUGGAUGGCGCGGCGCUGCAGCAGUGGCACGGAGAGCCGGGGUCUCGUCGGCCCCUGCCUUCGCUCGCGGUGUACAUCACCAAACCUCGAGUAGAAAUUCGUUUCGAACGAGAAUUUAACGAAAAAAAUUCUUCACAUAGGGCAUCGCGACUUGCAGUUCAGCGGCCAAUGCGACGACGUCGUUUUGAUGAUGUCUGCGGUCCUCUUCUUGCGCAUGGAGGCGGGCAGUUGAUUGGCGGCGUUUGUGCGAUCACGCCGAGGUGAGCCAGCGGACGGCUUCACGUGUAGCCUCAUGGGGAAUGUCCGAAAUGCUGCCGGCGAGUGACCAAAGCGGGCAGUGGCUUUACCGUGCACUCCACGGUUCUAGAUCGGUCGCUGGGGUUGCACUCAAACUUCCGGUGUCGCUUCCGGAUUGUCCAUGGCUUGCAGGCAAACGUAACCCUUAACUAUCCAUUUCUUAAGUUUGCCUUCAGAGCGUUUUGUAAACAUUAUGCGAGCCCCAAAAUCUACCACGCUGAGUGCCAAUUCUCUGGCAAUGACUGACGGCGUAGAGCGCUCAUCUGGUUAAUGUGCGACACUUUUGAAUCUGCCCUUUGAUCAUCGUUUUCUUUACAAGAAACGCCGAGCUCGAGCCAGUGCAAGAAAGGCGGUCGUGCAGGAGACGCGUGUGCGCGCGCGUGUGGCGUUCAUUGCGUGUGGCCCACGUCACUUGGAGGCCUGUUGCCGUCCUCCGCGUUGCUGUCGCUGGCGUUUGCUUGCCAGGUGACGUUAUCCAUUAAACACUAGCGUGGAAAGUGUAGAUAUUGUUUUCGUACUGGACACAACGGUAGAACUAUUUGUGAGUGCGCAGAGCGCGAACGUGUCUCUGGAGGUGUCGUCACUCGGCGCGGUGUGCGGGAGCUCUGGACUCCAGGGUCGACCCAAUGGCAUCUUCGGACAACUUUUUUGAUCAAAUAACAAAACACGAUUCCGAAUUGUACGCGUAUAUUUUCAUACAUGCCACAUCAUUACUCGCCUCAUUGUGGAGAAUAAAAGUGACAAAAUAUAUCAUCAGACGGUAUGUCUCCUUCCCAUAUCUGUUCCUCCGCAUAGACUAGGCUCUAAGAAAAGCUGUCUCGGGUGUGGAACAAUCAACUUCAAGGACAGUGCUCAUUAUCAGAGUUAUGUCUUUUGUUUGUAUUAUGACUGCAGGUAUUGCGGUCUAUGCAAACAUGACUCCUUGUAAAAAGGUGUCAGUUUUGUUGCCAGAUAGAAGGGUAAAAAACAAUUAUCAAGAGUGGAGAACUUUUUGUGGUGGUGGUAAUUGGUGCAAGGCGUUUUCCUCGUAUUGAACAAAAUGUUGCUGAAAAAUAGCUUCCCGGAGGGUGUGUGGCUGAUGGGAAGUGUAAAAAAUACUUGAACUCGUUACGUGGAGAGACAGAUAUGGAAGUGGGCCCUAUUGUGUGAUUCAUUGUUUCGUAACAAAUAUUUUCAGGUAUUUAUACGAAUGAGGAUGUCACUUAAUUUAGCAAAUAAACAGAUACACCUUUUAAUUUCUCGAUAGAAUAUAAAUAAAUCCUUUCCUAUAUUUUGAAUAUAGUAGACUCACACUAAUUUGAAUUAAUCGGGCCCUUGCUGAAAAUGGGUCUGCAUUUAAGAAACUCGCCAGAGGUGUGAACACGCUUAAAGUAAAGCCAUGGUGAUUUGUAGUCCUUGUGAAGGGACGAAAGCAUAGCAUUUGUGAUAUGUACCUCCGCAAGAGCCGAUUACAUAGCAACAUUUACAAUAAUACAGAGUCUUACAAAAUUAUCCGAUAGGAUUAUUAAGCGUUCUAUAUAAUUUUAGGGUAACAUAAGAUAUUGAGGAUUUUUUUGUGUGAUAAGUUACGCAUUUUAUAUCGCUAGUUUAAGAUAUCUUUAAAUAGCUUGGUGACUAUAAUUGUAAUAGUACUGACUACCACUGUCAUUUUCCACUUAAUGCAUAUAAACUACCACUGAUGAUGCCAUAUAGGACAUUUCGUAGUGUGUGAAAAGCAGAGCGUUCAUUAAGCACUCGACGGCAAGGAUUGACUAAAGACUGCGCUGCGAUGCGCUGCAUUGUCACAGGUCUGCGUGGCAGGGUGGAGCCUCACACAAACAGGCGCCUGUGGUCGAGUCCCGACUCAAGCACCUUUCUGUGUGGGGUUUCGAUAUUUCUCCCCCUUUCCUGCAUGGGGUUUCCUCCCAUAGCGAAUACAAAAACGCAAUGUAACUGAUAAUGGCCCAACAUCCCAAUGCUGACAAAUUACCUGCAAAUUAAUCCAUUUGGAUUACACAGCAA